UUUCAAAUUUAAGGCCAGAGUAGCUGAAAUGGAAAAAAUCGGCAAACAAACUAUGCUUCUAAUUUGGAUAUUUGGGUCUACAUUUUGAAAUUGGAGUUUAGUUAAUAACCCUGUCUAAGUGCCAGAAGGCUGGGCAAUAAAUGCUGACACAUUCAGAGUUGUUUACAAGACAAAGUCUAUGGUCCCAGUGUUCACUGAUCGGACAUGGAGCUCGCUGCGUCUUUGCUGCUCGUCUGUGCUGUCACUUUCUUGAUAUUGAUUUUUACCCGGAGCCGAAAACCCUCCAAUCUGCCCCCAGGACCCACGCCUCUGCCUCUGAUUGGGAACGUCCUGCAGCUGAAUUUUAAGGAUUUCGUGAAAGAUUUUGUGAAGAUUGGCUCUAAAUAUGGUCCGGUGUCCAUGAUAUAUAUGGGACGGCAACCAGUGGUCCUAUUAAAUGGUCAUGAUGUGGUGAGAGAAGCUUUUGUAGACAAUGGUGAAGUUUACAGUGAUCGAGGACAUCUUGCAUUUCCUGACAUGGCUUUUAGGGGAUAUGGGAUCGUCUUCAGUAAUGGAGAACGCUGGAAGCAGAUGAGGCGGUUUUCGCUCAGCACCCUGAGAAAUUUUGGGAUGGGGAAAAGGAGCUUAGAAGAGAGAGUACAAGAAGAAGCAAAAUGUCUGGGGGAAGAAUUCCAAAAGAAGAAAGGAGAACUAUUUGAUCCCACUUACCUUUUGAGUCUAGCUGUGUCCAAUGUUAUAUGUUCAAUUGUUUUUGGGGCUCGAUUUGAGUAUGAAGACAAGGAAUUCCUAGCUAUGCUGGCAUUGAUGAAGGAGACAUUCCAGAUUUUGGCUUCACCAUGGGGUCAGGUCUUCAACUUGGCCCCCAGCAUCUUCAAGCACUUUCCAGGCUCUCACCAUAAACUGUUUAGUAACGUGAAUACAUUUCGAGAAUAUGUAAUGGAGAAGGUGAAAACUCAUGAGGAGACCUUGGAUGAAAACUGCCCCAGAGAUUACAUUGAUUGCUUUAUCACAAAGAUGAAAGAGGAGAAAGAUAAUCCUAAUUCCGAGUUCAACUAUGAGAACCUGUGGGUUAACCUGCUUCAGCUAUUCUUUGCAGGAACCGAGACCACCAGCACAACCCUGAGAUACGCAAUCCUCAUUCUCCUGAAACAUCCAGAGAUACAGAAGAAGCUCCAAGACGAGAUGGAUUCUGUUAUAGGGCAAGACCAGGAUCCAUCUGUAGCAGAUCGGUUAAAGAUGCCAUACUUGGAUGCUGUAAUUCAUGAAAUCCAGAGGUUUGCAGAUAUCCUACCCCUGGGGGUUUUACGUGCCCCCUCAAAAGAUACAACCCUCAGAGGAUACACUAUCCCUAAGGGAACCACUGUAUUCCCCAUGUUAACCACUGUCCUGAAGGAUGAGAAAUACUUCCCGGAUGCUCAGAAGUUUGACCCGGGCCAUUUCUUAGAUGAAAAUGGUUCUGUAAAGAAGAACGAUGCUUUUAUGCCAUUUUCAAUAGGAAAGCGAAUAUGUGUUGGAGAGGGUCUGGCUCGCAUGGAGAUCUUUCUGUUCCUCACCUACAUCCUACAAAAGUUUAAUCUGAAAUGCAACAUAAAGCCUGAAGAGAUCGAUCUCUCCCCAAUACCUUUCAGAGGCAACUUCACACCACGACCCUAUGAGCUCUCUGUCAGCCUGCGCUGACCAAUGCUGGACCACAAUGGAUCUCAACGCUUGUCUGGGGAUCUAAUUUUCUGGAUUGAAUUUUUGAUAACUUGAUCUGAUAUACAAUCUGUUUUGAAUGAUGUGUUUAGUCAUCGUGUGCAAUCUACUGGACAAUAAUAGGCUUGGAUUCAC